CCAUUAGCGAGAGCCGCGUCAAAAUUCAUUAUUUAUCUCCAGUUAUGUCUCAUCGUCGUCUUCAUAAUGUUAAACUAAAUAACGGGAUUUCUCUUCUAAUCUUUAUAUUUUAAUUUCAGUAUCAUUAAUUAUCAUUUACAUGCGCGAAGAAUAGAUACCAAACUCGAUUUCUAAGUGGAGAAAGAAGUCUGAUUCGCCCACGAAUAUUCAUUCCUGAUAAGAGGACGGGGGGAAUAGAACGGUAUAUCCAAUAUCCAACAGAUACACAGAUGCGGUUCAGCUGUACGACAAGAUGCGUGCCACUUGGGCGCCUCUGGGCCCAUGGGAGGACCUUACCAUCCUCUUCCAAAUUCAUCAUCGUAAUGGAUCAACGUCGUUGCAUGGCUAGCCAUACUUCUUCUAAACCCGCUUCCUCUUCUGCAGUCACUGCCGUUGUUGUUGGAGGAGGCGCCUCUGGCAUUGCUGUCGUUGGCAACCUUCUUGAACUCCUUCAUCCUAAUUCUUCGGUAGCUUGGAUAGAUCCUCUAUUUCAAGGGGGUCGCAUCAACGCCCGGUAUAGAGAAGUGCCAAGUAACACGAAAGUCAGUUAUUUUCUCGCAUAUGGUGAAGCAGUCGAACCUUUCAGAAAUAUCGCCGAAGCCGCUGAAAAUCCCAAUGCUCUCACUACUUUGCAAAGUCUUUCUCCAGAUGACACCUGUUCACUUCAUUAUGCCGGGGAAAUGUUGCAAAUGCUGUCAGAUGGCCUACUUAAAAACGACCGGGUUGCAAGCUGGAAAGGCACCGUGAAUCAGGCUGAAUGGGUUGACGAGAGCUCGGCGUGGUCAUUGAGCGUACAGGAUGACAACUCUAACGAGAGUCAGCGCAUUACCGCGCCACUUGUCGUGUACUGUACCGGCUCUUCACCCACUCUCGUCCCUUUACCCAAGCCUCUUUCGCGCACACCAACACUUUUGGAUCUUGACACAUCUUUAAAACCAUCACUCCUCUCAGAAACGCUCCCCCGAGACCGAGAGGUCUCCGUCGGCGUUAUAGGCGCUUCGCACAGUGCGGUAUUAGUUCUCAUGAAUUUAUAUGCAUUAAGUCAGAGUUCUCACCCGCUACUUCGCGUCCGUUGGUUUUCUCGUGCGACGCAGCUCAAGUACGCCGAAGAUAAAGGAGAUUGGAUACUUUACGACAAUACAGGACUAAAAGGUCGAGCUGCGCAGUUCGCUAGGGAGAACUUAGACGGUGACAAGCUUUCGCACAGCAACGUGGGCAAGAUCAUAAGUCGAAUUGACUGUUCCGGUGGGCCUGAAAAGGAGACUCAAGCUAUGCUACAGGAACUUCCUGCUUGCGGGUAUAUCGUGCAAGCAGUAGGGUUCACCAGGGACGUCCUACCUAACAUGAAGCUAGACAUAGCAUUCAACCACCAAACUGGCGGUUUUACAGAUCAAAAAACCCGACAACCUAUCCCAGGUCUUUACGGCGCCGGCAUAGCGUUCCCCGAACAGGUAGUCGAUCCAGCGGGAAACGUAGAGUAUGCCGUAGGUUUCAUUAAGUUUAUGAGGUUUUUAAACCGUGUGGUACCAAAUUGGGUAGAGGCUAGUGUUAAGUAGAUUUAUUAUAUUUGCCAAUGCGUUACCCCACGACAACUCUGUAUAAUAAAAGAUCAUGAUUAUCCGUGCGCCUACC